UUUUAGCGACAUCGCGACGAUACAUAUCGUAUCCUCUCUGGUAGCACAUGCUUUUCUAUGAAAUAAACACGUGGUGAAUGUGUAUAUAAUUUUGCCGUAAAAAUGAAGCAAUUGUCGGAAGAGAGAACAAAGCUCGUAUUUGAGAAGUUAACGAAGUAUGUCGGUUCCAAUUUAAAAAACUUGAUAGAUCGAUCAGACGGCGUGUAUUGUUUCCGAGAGAAUAAGGACAGAGUAUAUUACAUGUCAGAGAAGAUUUUAUCUUUAGCGAGUACUGUGGGAUCCGAUCAUUUGUUGAGCGCAGGUACUUGCUUCGGUAAAUUCACAAAAUCGGGAAAGUUUAGGCUGCAUGUCACUGCAUUGCAUUAUUUAGCGCCUUAUGCACAACAUAAAAUUUGGGUGAAAUCUUCGGCGGAACAACAAUUUCUAUAUGGACACCAUAUUAUGAAAUCAGGUCUUGCUCGUAUAACCGAAGGCACUUCUCAAUAUCAAGGCGUUGUUGUAUUUUCCAUGAGCGAUGUGCCUCUGGGAUUUGGCGUUGCUGCAAAAAGUACAGUUGAUUGUAAACAUGCGGAUCCUAUGGCAACAAUUUGCUUUCACCAAGCAGACAUUGGAGAAUAUCUUCGUUCUGAAGAUGCAUUAAUAUAACAAAUUAUCUCAGAUAAUUAAUUUGUCUCAAUUUAAAAAAAUAUAUUUAUUUAAUUUGUAUAUUUUUUUAAUUUAGCUCUUUUUGUAUGAUACAUUGUAAUAUAGAUAUGCGUUGUAAAACAAAUCUUAAAUUACGACAUUUUCUAAUAGCAAAACAAAGUAUAUAUAGUGAUA